GAUACGUACCGCACCGCCGCCGCCGCAGUGCUAUUUUUGAGUUAGUGCAGACGCAUCACAAACCGAGUAGCUCAGCAUUCUGACUCCAACAUCCCAAACUUCUUCCAGAUAGCAUUUUUAGAAAAUGGCUCUCCUGGGGCUGUGCAUGAGAAACAUUUUCCAAUCUUGCAAUCGUGCAAGUAGACACUAGGGGGAAAAGGGAAGGAGAAACUAGUAGUCUGUAAAUUUGCCAGUAAAUAUUGGCACUCCACAACGAGGUACUAGUGCUCACAUUUUAAUUUUUUCGUGAUAGAUGCGAGCAAAUGCAACAGCAACCAAUACCAAAAUCAAUAUGAAAGACACGACUGAACAGAGGAAAUGUUCGAACCAAUAUGCAUAUAUCACCCUGGUGCAACAACAUGUCAUGUCUUUCCUAGAGCUUUUGUCAUCUGCCAUACAUUUCAUCACUCAUGUGCACUUAUUUCAUUUAUGAUCACGAUGGAUGCUAAGUAACAACUGCUGCUCAGACGAAAAACAAGAGCGCAACCAUUUCAUGCGACGAAGUUAACUUUCAGUCUUGCUUGUCCAUAGUGGUGCUAGCAGCGUUUCGUGCACUGUUGUUCCACUAUGGAGGAAGACCCGGUCGGUGGAGAAUUUUUUCCGCAGCUAUUUAUCAGUAGAAGAAACGAAAGGUAAAAAAAAGAAAAAGAAACCACGCACGACCAACAAUUUUGUCAGUUGAUGCAGCGGCGCAUUGCGGUGCAUAGUUCGCAUCCUAUUCUUGUCCUAGCUUAAUGUGACUUCACGCAUUACUUAAGUACUUAACAUCAUUCCUUUAUUUUGAGUGGCCCAGUAGGACCGAGUGGGAUUGCGAUCAUUUGGGACCUUUAAACAACCUCGACAAACAUACACGCCCUCUUGAACUUGAUGACCAUUCUUUGUCUACUCGUCUAGUACGCCAGAAGGAGAUUGAUUGCCUUUGAUAUUUUCAGUUUUACUCUUGUACAGUUGCUGUCGCGAACAUUGUACAGAAAGAAGACGAAAUUGCUGACUUUAGAAUCGAAAAAAGCCGCUUUGCACAGU